AUUUGAUAGUUUAACGGAUGUUCAACGGCCACGUUUCGUUUGGCUUGUAUACGUUCGUAAUAAAUCAUAGAAUUAACCGGAGUUGAAUGAUCUUCGUCAGAAGUGUAUAAGUUGUACCGAUCGGUGAAAUUCGCCAAAGUGGCUGGUGAUUGGAAAUAACACAAACUCAACAUGGUUUUCAGUCGAAAUCAUCUGUCUAAAGCCUUUUCGCCGAACAAAAUAAAACGUAAGCAACUAUUAGGAGGCACGAAUCACAACCCCAGCGCGAGCGGAAGCACAUUAUCGACAGUCAAAAGCGAAAGUGCUUCGCAGGCAAAUGUCAAAGUUAUCGUCAGAGUUAGGCCUGAGAGCGAGAGAGAAUCACAAUCUAAUCAUCGUAAAGUUGUUAAGAUUAUCGAUGAUAAGAUGCUGAUUUUUGAUCCAAAAGCUGAAGAAAAUCCAUUCUACUUUCAAGGGGUUGCUCAGAAGGGGCGUGACCUGCUAAAAAAGCAAAACAAGGAGAUACAGUUUAUGUUUGAUAGAAUAUUCGAUUGUUCCGCUUCGAAUUUGGACGUAUUUGAAGAGAGUACUAAAAAUAUGAUAUCUACCUUGCUCGACGGCUACAAUUGCUCCGUUUUUGUGUACGGAGCUACAGGGGCGGGAAAAACUCACACAAUGUUGGGAGGACAAGGAGACCCGGGAAUAACUUAUCUUACAAUGGCAGAAUUGUUUUCGCAAAUUGAACUUCAAAAUGCUCAGAAGAAUUUCGAUUUGGGAGUGUCUUACUUGGAGGUCUACAAUGAAAAUGUACAAGACCUACUGAACAAAUCUGGCCCUCUGCACGUCAGAGAGGACGGAAGGUGUGGUAUCAUGGUCACUGGCCUCAAGAUCAUGUCCAUAAAUAACGCCGAAGAAUUACUGAAUCUCUUGGCCAAGGGAAAUAAAAAUCGUACACAACAUCCGACGGACGCAAACGCCGAGAGCAGCCGUAGCCACGCUGUUUUUCAAGUUCAUAUUAAUAUCACAAAUAAACUCGACGGUCAAGUGAAGCACGUUAAAUUAUCAAUGAUAGAUUUAGCUGGUUCGGAAAGAGCUUCCGCAACAGGGUGCAGGGGAGCCAGAUUCAAAGAGGGCGCAAAUAUCAACAAAUCUUUGCUAGCCCUUGGCAACUGUAUCAACAAUUUGGCGGAUAAUCUCAAACAUAUUCCGUACAGAGACUCGAAGCUUACCAGGUUGUUGAAAGAUUCUUUGGGUGGAAACUGUCAAACUGUCAUGAUAGCCAACGUCAGUCCAUCGAAUUUGAGUUACGAAGACACUUAUAAUACCUUGCGAUACGCCAACAGGGCAAAGAAGAUCCAGACAAAUGUUAAGAAGAACAUCGUAUCUUGCCAAAUGCACAUUACUGGAUACAUAAAAAUAGUUGAGGAACAAAAGAAAGAAAUUGACGUGUUGAAACAGCGAAUACUGGCAUUAGAAGGUGGAUUACCUAAAAGUGGCGAGACUGCCGCUGCUGGACCUGAAGUAGAUCUGUCCAAAUGGCUUGGAAAACUCUCGACCUUGUACGAUGAGAAAAAAUCACUGAUCGUUAAGAUCCUUUCGCUAGAGAGUACCGACAAAACCUUGUGUUGUAGAAUUCUCAAAAAAAAAGAAGCCCAUUCUCGAUUACACAUUCUCACUCUCGACGCCGACGCAGUAAUUCCUGACGACGUAAAUACCAGUGGCAAGAGACGGAUAAAAAAAUCCAUGUGUUUCUUCAAACGGCAGCGAGAGAGUAUAAAAAUUCAGAUGGAUGCGUUAUGGAAUGAGCUGCGAGAAAUUGAACAGGAAUUGCAGAAUCUCAGCUUGUCUAUAGAUUCGAACGAUCUGACGAGUAAACUAGCCGACAAAAUAACAAUCUACAAAUCUGAGAUCGAGAAAUGUACGUUCAAGCACCAGAUCGAACACAUGCAGAAGAUAUGCAAUAUUCAAGAAUCGGAGAAUUCUUCCACCAAGAACAUUGUCGAAUUGGUCAGCAAAACUUUGGUCAGAUUUUUCAAUCUGAUGCACGGAUAUGGAACGAUAACCGACCCAAUGAAGGACGAGUUCAAGCGGUUGAUCAGAUCGUUGGAAGGCAUGAAAGGCGUCAAAUGGUUCGACACAGAGAUGACCGAGGAAGAAGAAGAGUUCUCCGCUUUGAGCUGCUUGAGCAUCGAGCAAAUAUCCAAUCCAUUGGAACACGAGUUGCCGCCACCCCUGCCAACGGUUCUGUCAGAAGAGGAUGAUCCUGCGAAUACCAGCAGGCUAAAUGGCACCUUUGACGCAUUACCGGUGAAGCAAGAGCAAAUAAUGGGCACUAACGAGACGAUCGUAGUGGCGCAUAAAAAUGAUAGUUACUCCGAGUCCAGUGACGAACUUAGUGACAACACAGGCGAGAAAGGGACCAUCGAUACCUCGAAAUUGAAUAAUACUUUUAGUUUGGUCGAAUCCAAAGCUAAGAAACGCGUCUUGAUGGAUAAAAAUGAAGUGAUCGGCAAACCAACACUGAACAAGGUUAAGAAAGUAACGCCAGAUCUGAAACCGACAUUAAAAAGUCGGAACAACAAUCCCUUUGGUAAAGAAAAUAAGACUGUCGCUAACAGUAGGAGUGUCAUGAGCGCCAGGAGUGUGGCUAUUUUGAACAAGAUAAAGGCUGAUCGUGCCAAAAAUUUCCCACCGAAUAUGAGCCAAUCUUGCACAGAACGAGCGCAACCAAUUUUAGUGACAAUCCGAGGGAAAGAAAAAAGAGUCUUAGCCACAAACGUGCAUCCGUACAACCGACCCGUGGUUAAUAAGUCAAAAUUCAAUGUUCAACCGUCAUCAAGGGUUCCCUGGUAAGUCUGCAGGAUAGUACAAAGGAUUGUUUGAUAUGUAAUUUACCUCAAACAAAGAAAGACUUGGUGAUUCGGAAGUCGGUGAAAUAGUGGAAACCUUCUUAGAAAUUAAUAGUCUAAGGUACGGAACAAAGUUCAAAUAGUUGGUCUGAAAAAUUCAAGUUAUUAUAAAAAUUACGGCCAAAGAUGACGGUCUCGGUCACAGCGGUGGUGAACAAUUCACGUUAGUUUAGUAAAAGAAAUGUCAAAAGUAUUGAAAAUUCACAGUUGUAAUGUAUCACUGACAUUCAGAAUGAUUUUCAUUUCUUACGUAACAUUUUAUUGAUUGUGAUAAAUGAUAAGUAACUAUAAUAUAUUUCACAAAGUUUUUAUUGACACCAUCUCAGUGAAAAUAUUAAGUUACGCCGUUUGUAGAAAUAAAAAAAAUUAUACUAAGUUAACGCUGACUUCUGGAUACCGGUAUUAAUUAAGGUCUACGAUAUAUUGAUAUUAUUAACUAAGAUAGAUAUUUUAUUAUGUAUAGAUUUAAUCGAUGUAAGACUUGUAUUGUGAAGGAAAAAAAAGAAUAAUUGACCGCUAUUUACUUCAACUUA